GCGGGCGGCGGGUUCUGCGCGGCGGCGGGCUCGCUGUGGAUCUACCCCACCAAUUGGCCGGAGCGCGGCUACCAGGUGCGCAUGGCGCGGGCGGCGCUGCUGGCCAACACGCUGGUGUGCCUGCCCACCGGGCUGGGCAAGACCUUCAUCGCCGCCGUGGUCAUGUACAACUUCUACCGCUGGUUCCCCUCCGCCAAGGUGCUCUUCCUGGCGCCCACCAAGCCGCUGGUGGCGCAGCAGAUGGAGGCCUGCGCUGGCGUCAUGGGCAUCCCUCGGCACCACAUGGCCGAGAUGACAGGGGGUACCCAGGUUCACAAUCGGAAGGAAAUCUGGCACAAUAAGAGGGUUUUUUUUCUUACUCCUCAAGUAAUGGUAAACGAUCUUUCUCGUGGAACCUGCCCUGCUGCAGAAAUAAAAUGUCUGGUUAUUGAUGAAGCCCACAAAGCUCUUGGAAACUACGCCUACUGCCAGGUUGUGAAGGAACUGAGCAAAUACACAAACCAAUUUAGAAUCUUGGCUUUAAGUGCCACACCAGGCAGUGACACAAAGGCUGUACAGGAAGUUAUUUCCAAUCUAUUGAUAGCACAGAUAGAGCGAUGUUCUGAGAGAUUCCCAGAUACACCUUACUCUCUACGAGCGACAGUUGAAAAAAUUGUUGUUCCACUCGAAGAACUAGCAGAAAUUCAGAAUGCUUACAUCAGG